AUGCCUCGUCUAACUACCCUGUCGCCAGUGAGCGAUCACCACGCGCCGCUCAUCCACACGGCUGCCACCCCAACUCGUCGUCCGCACAUGGCCCGUCGACCGGAUAAUCACGACCUAGACGAAACCAUGAUGCAUGCAAUCGCCCCCUCGACUACUGACGGCCUGCGCCCACCCGCGCGCCCGCCCAAAUGCCCACGGCUGUCCGAGCCUUCUGACCCGCGGCUAUUUCUUCCGUAA